AUGAGCCGCUACGACAGUCGCUCCGCCGACCCCGGCUCCUAUCGCGACCGCCGAACUGAUUCGGGGUUUGGUGGGGGCUCGAGUUAUCGUUCGUCUUCAUCAUCGUCGAUCAAAAGAGAUUACGAGGGCUCUUCAGAGGCGUCACAGCGGAAAUCGGAUUUGGAUGGGUUGACUCCGUUUGAGAAGAACUUUUAUGUGGAGUCGCCGUCAGUUGCGGCAAUGUCUGAGAGUGAAGUCGAGGAGUAUAGGCGGCGACGGGAGAUUACUGUAGAAGGAAAAGACGUACCCAAGCCAGUGAAGGCUUUUCAGGAUGUUGGGUUUCCAGAUUAUGUUAUGCAAGAAAUUGUAAAGGCUGGUUUUACUGAACCUACACCCAUUCAAGCUCAAGGUUGGCCCAUGGCUUUGAAAGGCCGUGAUCUUAUUGGUAUUGCAGAAACAGGGUCAGGGAAGACAAUUGCUUAUCUCUUACCUGCAAUUGUCCAUGUUAAUGCUCAACCAUUUUUAGCUCCGGGAGAUGGUCCAAUAGUUUUAGUUUUAGCCCCAACUCGUGAACUCGCUGUUCAGAUUCAGCAAGAAGCUACUAAAUUUGGUGCAUCGUCAAGGAUUAAGAAUACGUGCAUAUAUGGUGGGGUCCCAAAAGGACCCCAAGUUCGUGAUCUCCAGAAAGGCGUCGAAGUUGUUAUUGCGACUCCUGGGAGGCUGAUUGAUAUGUUGGAGUCUCAUCAUACAAACCUGCGAAGGGUUACAUAUCUUGUGUUGGAUGAGGCGGAUCGGAUGCUAGAUAUGGGUUUUGAACCUCAGAUUCGAAAAAUUAUUAAUCAGAUUCGCCCAGAUCGUCAAACGUUAUAUUGGAGUGCCACAUGGCCCAAGGAAGUUGAACAGCUUGCACGUCAAUUCCUUUUUAAUCCAUAUAAAGUGAUUAUUGGUUCUGAAGAUUUAAAAGCCAAUCAUGCAAUUCGCCAGCAUGUUGAAAUUAUUUCUGAGAACCAAAAAUAUAAUAAAUUAGUGAAGUUGUUGGAGGACAUUAUGGACGGAAGCCGGAUUUUGAUAUUCAUGGACACCAAAAAGGGCUGUGAUCAAGUAACUAGGCAGCUCCGCAUGGAUGGUUGGCCUGCAUUAUCUAUUCAUGGAGACAAAAGUCAAGCAGAAAGGGAUUGGGUCCUCUCAGAAUUUAAGGCUGGCAAGAGUCCCAUAAUGACGGCAACUGAUGUUGCAGCUCGGGGUCUAGAUGUGAAGGAUGUGAAAUAUGUCAUCAACUAUGACUUCCCGGGAUCUCUCGAGGAUUAUGUUCAUCGUAUCGGUCGAACAGGAAGGGCUGGUGCCAAAGGAACAGCAUACACUUUUUUCACAGUUGCAAAUGCCCGAUUUGCAAAGGAACUCAUUAGCAUCCUCGAGGAGGCUGGACAAAAGGUCAGUCCUGAGCUUGCAGCCAUGGGACGUGGUGCACCUCCUCCUCCAGGUCAUGGAAGUUUCCGAGAUCGUGGGAGAGGUUUUGGAGGUGGACGUUCUUGGAACUGA